CAAGCACCAUCGGAAAUGUACUCCAUUCCUUUUCCACCCAUUACAGCGCGAGUAGCAUGGUGGUGGACUGAGGCAGGGGUCUGAAAUUUACAAGAAAGAGGAUUAAAUAAAGUUGUCCAAGAUGUCUUUCCCCGCAAAGGAAGAGGAAGAGGAGUAUGACCCAUAUUCAUAUACCAAUGACUAUGAUCUUCACACUGGCGACCCAAAAGCUGACUUGGCAUUUGAGCGUCAGUAUGAGCAGCAGACCUACCAUGUCAUCCCUGAGGUGAUCAAGAACUUCCUGCAGUACUUUCACAAGACCACCUCAGAUCUCAUCGACCAGAAGGUGUACGAGCUGCAGGCCAAUCGGGUGUCCAGCGAGAGCAUCGAGCAGAAAAUCUAUGAGAUCCAGGAUGUUUACGAGAACAGCUGGAACAAACUCACUGACAGAUUUUUUAAGACCUCUCCCUGGCCUGAGGCAGAGGCCAUCGCUUCGCUGGUGGGCAAUGAUGCGGUGUUCUUGAUUCUUUAUAAAGAGUUGUACUACAGGCACAUCUAUGCUAAAGUUAGCGGAGGACCAACCCUGGAACAGAGAUUUGAAUCAUAUUAUAACUAUUGCAAUCUUUUCAACUACAUUCUCAAUGCCGAUGGCCCCGCACCUCUGGAGCUUCCCAACCAGUGGCUUUGGGACAUCAUCGACGAGUUCAUCUACCAGUUCCAGUCCUUCAGCCAGUACCGGUGUAAAACGGCCAAGAAGUCUGAGGAGGAGAUCGAGUUCCUCCGCAACAACCCCAAGAUCUGGAAUGUGCACAGCGUGCUGAACGUGCUCCACUCUCUGGUAGACAAAAGCAACAUCAACGGACAGCUGGAGGUCUACACGAGUGGAGGUGACCCUGAGAGCGUGGCUGGGGAGUACGGGCGCCACUCGCUCUACAAGAUGCUGGGCUACUUCAGCCUGGUGGGGCUGCUGCGCCUGCACUCACUGCUGGGCGACUACUACCAGGCCAUCAAGGUCCUGGAGAACAUCGAGCUCAACAAGAAGAGCAUGUACUCUCGCGUUCCCGAGUGCCAGAUCACCACCUACUACUACGUGGGCUUCGCCUACCUGAUGAUGCGCCGCUACCAGGACGCCAUCCGCGUCUUCGCCAACAUCCUGCUCUACAUCCAGCGCACGCGGAACAUGUUCCAGCGCUCCACCUACAAAUACGAGAUGAUUAACAAGCAGAACGAGCAGAUGCACGGCUUGCUGGCCAUCGCCCUGACCAUGUACCCCAUGAGGAUCGACGAGAGCAUCCACACCCAGCUGCGGGAGAAGUACGGCGACAAGAUGCUCCGCAUGCAGAAGGGAGACCUGACUGUCUUUGAGGAGCUCUUCAGCUUCGCCUGCCCCAAGUUCCUGUCCCCGGUGGUGCCCAACUAUGACAACGUCCACCCCAACUACCACAAAGAGCCCUUCCAGCAGCAGCUCAAGGUCUUCGCCGAAGAGGUGCAGCAGCAGGCCCAGCUUUCCACCAUCCGCAGCUUCCUGAAGCUCUACACCACCAUGCCCGUGGCCAAGCUGGCCGGAUUCCUGGACAUGUCCGAGCAGGAGUUCCGCAUCCAGCUGCUGGUCUUCAAGCACAAGAUGAAGAACCUGGUGUGGACCAGCGGCAUCUCUGCCCUGGACGGAGAGUUCCAGUCCGCUUCCGAGGUGGACUUCUACAUUGAUGGGGACAUGAUUCACAUCGCAGACACCAAAGUGGCCCGUCGCUAUGGAGAUUUCUUUAUCCGACAGAUCCACAAGUUUGAGGAGCUGAACCGGACCCUGAAGAAGAUGCCUAUGAGUGGCAGCUCUACAAGUACCACUGCCGCCACCCGUUCAUGAGCUUGUCCAGCCAAUCAGAAGCUGGAUUUUUACUAGUUACACACGUCUGACCAACCAAUCAGAGCCCAUCUUUCUGAACCCCAAAGUCAGUUUUCCCUGUUCAGAUUAUGUAACCCUUUUUGAAUUUACACAAAAAAAUGGAAAUAAAUCUGAAGUGGAUGAAAUGUU